UUCUUCCCUUCCCAUUGGAUAACUUUCUUCCUUCCAUCUCCCACAUACAUGCCCUUCUUUCAAAAUGCAGUCUCUACGACGAUACGGAAUGGAAAUUUUGCUUGUGUCGCUGGAGGCCAGCUCAUCGUUCAUCCCCAGUCGCAAGAACCAACUGCUCUGAUCGACCUCAAGCACCAGUUUCCGUUGGUGCCCCGGGGGAAGAUAUUUUUUACUAAAACAGGUAGACGGACCUCUCGACAUAGAAGCCGACGUCGUCACUGCAGAUGAGGGAAACCUCUCUGACUGCCACCAAAUCAGAAGAGUUGUCUGCACCCAAACGAUGUAUUACACAAACGUGGUUGACGUUGGGCACAAUCCCAUGAAGUUCUGUGUGGUUAAGUACGGUGGAAGACAUGCGCACGAGGUCGUUAUUGCUUUUGCUCUCUUAACGACAGUGAAGAUACCCGUCAAAUGCCGCCUGGUUUAGCUCAACGAUUUCUUGACAAUGAAGACCUACCAGUCACAGGCCUCUCCGAUGACCUUGAAAUCCUCAAAAUUCACGAUUCUGGACUUGAAAUGACCGUGUGCACGAUCCCGAAUCUAUGGGUCCAGCCUUCCAGCGGUCACUUGUGCGUUAUGCCGAGCCUUCAGAGGGGCCGUCGGAAUCCGGUAAGCUCGUGGUACAUGUUGAAUACCGGGUCGGGAGAAACAGAGCUUAAACUCAUCCCCCCUGUUUCGUUGACAUCGUAGUACCUCGACGACAGGGAACCCAUUCGGCAUGUAGGCGUACAUGUUAUCUCGCUUCUUGCAUCUGAGAAACCAGUAGCCGAGAUCAAAAAGCAGUGCUUAGCCGACAUCCGGAGUUUCAGGCUGGACAGAUUAUUUAGUUCCGCGGAAGCAAUACAUGUGCUCAGGAGGUGGACUUAGAGCGGGGGUCCACGAUAAUACUAACCCCGGAGGAGGCCCAAUAUCAAACGGAUCGUCUGUGUAGUAUAUACUGCUUGGCUAUCACAGGCACACUACGUCUUUCGCGUUCUUCACAUUACACCCAAGAAUUUUCCACGGUUUAAACGUGAGCUAUCUUACUUCU